UUUCAGAUAAUUAUGGUGAUGGUAUUCUGCAGGGGCACUGCGGUACAGUAGAAGGGCCAAGAAGCCAAAAAAGAAAAAUAAAAAAUCCAAAGCCAAAAGAAGGAAUAAGUUCGGCACAGACAGGUACGAGAGAAAGAGAAAGAUGUAAAGCUAAUAUCCUAAUUCCUAUCCCCCCAAAAAAUGGCACUCUUGCCCACUUCGGGUCUCCGUUUUCAACUACUGUAGAAGAGAAAAGCCCCCAUUUUCAGCUCUAAUUCAUAUGCCUCGCCUCUUCUCUGUUCUACCCUUUCCAGGCACCUUAAUUAGUUCUGGUGAUUAAGUUUCAGAUCGGGGAUUUGAUAUGUUCAUGUAACUUAAGGAUUGUCUUCACACUACUUUCUGUAUCAAUGGGCAUACAGAAGAUUUGCCAUCGGAGUUCAAGUUCUGAUAAAGUUUCUUGUGUCUUCAAUGGUGAAGUUAAGCUCAUGAGAGAUAACACAGUCCUGGGAGCAGACUCAGGGAAUGAUUCAGAUGAUUGUGAACUUGCUGAAUUGAACUGUGAGCUUGGCAUGGUGGAAGGCCAGUGGUGCUGCAUACCUUAUGAGCUCUAUGAUCUUCCAGAUUUGAGGGAAAUAUUAUCUCUAGACACAUGGAAUUUGUGUUUAACAGAGGAAGAAAGGUUCCAUCUGUCAGCUUACCUUCCAGACAUGGACCAAGAGACGUUUUGCUUGACUAUGAAGGAACUUUUUGAUGGUAGUGAAAUAUAUUUUGGGAAUCCUUUGGAUAAAUUCUUCAAAAAAUUGAAAGCUGGAUUCUACCCUCCAAAGGUGGCUUGCUUCAGGGAAGGCUUGCAGUUUUUACAAAGGAAGCAAUAUUAUCAUUCGCUUAGAGCUUACCAUGACAGGAUGAUACAAAAGUUUUUAGACAUGAGAAGGUUAUGGAAAAAUAGGAGAAAACAAAAGAGCAUCAACAUGCUUGAUCUAAAUGAAUCUCCUGAUGACAAUCAUCUGUUAAGUGAGAAGGUUAACUUGGAAUUGAAGGCAACGAAGCUAGUGGAGAGUGAGAAUUCAGCAAAGGACAGGCCACCCUUUCUGUCUGCCAACAGGCCAAAAUUUGCAGCUCCAUACUGCAGACCAAAGGGGGUUCUAAAGAUGAAGGCUUACGGCAAUGAUUCAUUCCAUAAUUACAAUUCAAAGAUGGCUGUGGCUGAUUUCUCUGAACACUAUCGAUCAUUGCCCAAAGGACUGUUGAAAAUAGCACCUAAAAUUCCUUCAGUUCACCUGGAACAAUCAGACAUUGUGCCAACAGGAGAGCAAUCAAACUUUCCUUCUGGGACUCAUGGCAUACGGGAUUUUAAGUUUUCUCCUAUACCAGCUUCUCUAUGCUUUCAGCAUGCAGGUAGCCUGCAUGAAUAUCCAUUUCUAAGGCAAAAGGCUGAUGGUAGCAGAGUUUAUUCUCCUCUGGACCAACCUCAUUUUCUAAUGGAUCCACAGGAAAGUGUUAGAGUAACAAGUAAUCACCCAGAAAGCUCUACAAGAAAAGUGAAACUGGAAACAUCUUCAUCUUUAGAUGACAAUUCUGUUUUAGGAAAACACAAAUUGUUUGGAGUUGAUAUGGGAAGGUUUCUGAAUAAGGAAUGCAAGUCAUCCUUGGAUACAGUGGGUGCAAUGCCGUAUGCCUUUGGUAGUGAAAAUCCGAGGGCAAAUGUGGGCAGAGAAUUUAAUGGCUCUUCCCUGAGAUCCUUGGAAUCAUUCCCAUUUCGUAUCCAAAAUCAGGGAGGGGAGCAGCACAUGACACCCUUAAAAGAAGAGCAUCUCACUAUCCAUCCAAGAAUUCCAGAAGUGGUUCCCACAAUUUCAGAUGUUGGCAAUGGUAAGCAAGAAACGUUAAUGGGUUCUUCACACCAAAAGAAUGGUGAGAGUGAGGUCAGCAUCAGAAAAUCGGAGAAGUUAUCGAGUAAAUCCGGUGUCUCGGAGGCAUUUAAGGAUAAAAAGUUACUGCCAUUGACGUACAAGCGAAGGAAAGUUGUAACUAAGGCCAACUCAUUAAACUUUGGCAAGUCACUAACAGCAGCUGCUGAUUUGAAGUCUGCAAUUCCAAAAGAAUCAAAUCAAGAUUUUAGGGAAGGUGUGAAAACUGUGAAGAUAAAAUUAACGGGAUUGAAAGAUAUGCCCUUGGACAAGGAACCUGAAACAACACUUCAUGUACUAAAGUAGGUACUUCCUAGUAAUAUCAAUUUUCUUUGUGGUUUCCACAAAAUUACUCUGUAGUAUAUGCUUUCUAAGAUGUGUAAAUCGAAGUAUAGUGAAAAAGAAAAGUUCCCAUCUUCGUGAUAAUCCCAUUGCGAACUUAUAUUCU